AAUAAAAUAAAUGAGAAUUGCUAUAUUGGCUCUUGUAGUUAUUUGUGCAUUAUGCGGUCAUAAUAUGAGACAUAAAAAGAGGUAUAUGUUUUAAUUAAUUAGAAAAGUACUGUAGGAGAAGUACAUGACUUAAGUAAUGAUGUUGGAGUAAUAGACAAAUCUGAAGUGUAAGUAACACCACCUCUUACAAAAUAAUAAUAUUAAAUAAAUAAGGCUGCUAAAUAAACUACACAUGCUAUUGAAUAAGCAUUAAAACAUUCUACAACAACAAAUUUACUUGAAGUUUAAUAAUCAUUUAAUGAUGAUGUGAUUGAUAAUAUUCCUUUUGUUGAAGACACUAUUGAUUAAAUGGUAAGUACUAAAUAAGAAGAUGUAUAUUCAAAUGAUGGCAAUUCACCAGAUAUGGGUACAAGUGCUGAAAAUUUUGAAGGCUCUGAAGCUCCUAUGACAUCAGAAGAUAAUUAAACAACUCCUUAAGAUGAAUAUUAUGCCAAAGAAACUAUUAUUACUAAUGAAGAUGUCUCUUUAAUUUAAUUAACUGAGAUUGAUGCACUUGCAGAUCUUGAUACAAGCAUGCCAUUAUUUGAUGAAGAUUUCAAAUUUGAUGAGUAAGCUUUAUAAGAAACCCCAUUAAAUCUUGGAGUUGAUGAUAUCCCCCAAGUUUAAGCGGAAUCAAAUUCAUAAGAAGAAAUAUCAUCUGAUUUAGAACGAUAAACUAAUGAAAUGGUUGAAGCUUUGAUGAAUGAUUAGGAUAUUUUAAUAAAUGAAGUUUAACUCAUUCAAGUUGCAGAUAGAGGAUUCUAUUGA